UCACCCUAUGAUUCCUACCCUAUAAAUUUCCUACAACUUUGUGUACUUGAUAAAAAAAUCUUGCUUUUAUUAUUAUUAUUAUCAUUUUUUUUUUGUGUUUAUAGAGCCAUAAGGAAUAAAAACGGGUGAUAAGAAUCGAUCUCAAGAUUUUUUGAUAUUGGGAAAAAACUCUAACUACUAGACCUAUCCCUGACUCUCUUGAUGUAUGUGCAUUCUACAUUGUGCAUGAUUUUUUUUAGACUCUAGUCCACCACCUUAUCCUUUCCUUGUUUAUUGAAACUUGAAAGUGGUCAAGAAGGUUUCUUUUUGAUGGUCAAGAAACUAAAGUUGAUUUAAAAAAAAAAAAAAAAAAAAAAAAAAAAAAAGAAAGAAAUUCAACUACGAAGUAGUUCGUACAUACUCGUACUUGUGGAAAAAAAAAAAAAAAAAAACAAAAGUUGAGUAUCAUUUUCUCUCUCCUCUCUGGCUCUCCAGAAUUCCAGAAACUCUCCCUCCACAACUAAACAGGGAGCCGUUAACCAUAGCCAUAUCCACACCCUCACUUCAGUCUGAUACUCGACGUUUAUAGCAUCACUCUGAUACACUAUCUACUAAUUUCCAUUUUUUUUGAAUCUCCCAACUUUUUUUUGGGGAAAAUUAAAGUCAGUGUAACAAAGGUAGAAUCUACUUUGAUUUGGAAGUUUUGGUGAGGAGCAUCUAUCUAUGCCCAUGGAAGCCAAUGGGCAAAAAGCUUCGAAUCCGGGAGCUAGGCUUGCAAGCCUUUUGACAAAGAGAGAAAAACUUCAAGAUGAACUUCGGAAUAUUGAAAAACAGGUGUUCGAGUUAGAGACCACCUAUUUGCAAGAUUCAAACCAUUUUGGGCAUGUUUUGAAAGGCUUUGAAGGGUUCUUAGGUUCAUCAAAGUCUGCAACAAAAAUAAUAGGCCAUGUGCCCGUGUUUGAUAAUUUGCUCUUGAAGAGGCCCAGGAAGUUUCAACCCGAAGAUAGAAUCUUCUCUUUGUCUUCUGUCACCUCACCUGCUGUUGAAGAGAACGCAGGUGGACGUGAUGAUAUUGGUCCUGGACGAUCGAAGGGUGGAGGCUUACCUACAAAUGGACAGGGCAAACCAAAGAAGGGAAGGUUGACAUCAUGAGAUGGAAUAGGAUGUAGGUUGGUAGAUGCACAGAUUGUGAGAUGGAGAUGAUGCAGUGCCAAGCCCAAUUCAAGUUGCCUUUCAUGUGACUUGCUUUGACCUUCAAAGUAAGUACCCUAUGAUGUAAAGUGGUUAAAAAGAGAGAGAUGUUCAUAUGGCAAAAAUAUAUGAGUGAUGUUGUUGGGUCGAUGACAUUCUGUUCAUGUGUUGUUGUAACAUUAUCUUUUGGUAAUGAGAAAGCUAUUUCUUGUUUUUUUUGU